AUGACCAGGCAGAUAACGUCGACGCUGGAGGGAAUUCGAGAGAACCUGUCGAAGGUGAGAGAGCGGCUAGUUGCUGAGGAGGAGGCACUGGAGGCAGCAACUCACGAUGGGGAGAUCCUUAAGGGCAUGCUAGAGGAGGUGCCAUCGAUACUCAGCGAAGUGGACUCGAAUCGAGAAGCAGUCACUGAAGAGAUAAGGGCAUGUCGACAACGAGUCGAUGCUAUUACUAAGGAGGAGGAUAUUUAUCAAUACAAGAGGUUGGAGAGUCGCCGCUGCAAGGUGGCGGCUCGUAUGGAGGGCCUUCAAGCGGAGAAACGGGUGGGUGGUGGCCGUCGCUCUAUAGAGGCUCAUUAUAGUAGCCAAACUCGAAACAUGAGCAACCCCUCAGCGGUUCUGAGUUAUGAGUUCUCUAGUCUUAGUCUUUCAGGAGAUAUCCUUAUUGGCACUGAGCCUGGACGAGUUGCAGUGUAA